AUGGAGAAGGCCCAGCAGCCAACAGACAGGAGCCUUCUCCACUUCUCGGCCAAAGGCCCGCAGAGGUCUGGGAGCCAGAGUCAGCCAAGGCCACUGACCACUGGAGCCAUUGUAGGAGUCCACAUGUGGCCAGUCGGUCCAGCAGGGCUGAGUCCAGGCUGGGCGUGUCCACAGGUACAAGGAGUCAAGUUCCAAAACUGGGCGAGGACCUAUGGCUGCUGCCUGGAGAUGUACUGUCAGCCCACGUCCAUGGAGGGGAUCAGAGAGCUGGUGCUGGCCCUAGCCAGGCAGCAGAACAAGCGAGUGAAGGUGGUGGGUAGUGACCACUCACUGGACAUCGCCUGCACCGAUGGCUUCAUGAUGCACACAGGCAAGAUGAACUGGGUCCUCCAGGUGGACAAGGAGAAGAAGCAGGUUGCUGUGAAGGCCGGCAUCCUCCUGGCUGACCUGCACCCACAGCUGGACAAGCAUGGCCUGGCCCUGUCCAACCUGGGAGCGGUGUCAGAGGUGACGGCAGUUGGUGUUACUGGAUCCAGAACACACAACGUGGGGAUCAGGCACAGCAUCCCGGCCACCCAGUUGAUAGCACUGACCCUGCUGACGGCCAACAGGGUCAUCCUGGAGUGCUCCGAGUCCAGCAAUGCAGAGGUGUUCCAGGCCAUGCAGGUGCACCUGGGCUGCUGGGGGGUCAUCCUCACUGUCACCUUGCUGUACAUGCCCCGGUUCCACUUGCAGGAGACAUCCUUACCCUCAAUCCUGAAAGAGCACUUAGAUGCAGAACUGCCCCCAUGGCUCACCCUGGACAAGGAGGCCAUCCCCCACGUUACCGUCUCUCUCGUUUGGAGCAUCCAAGGAGAGUUCUUGGGCCUCAUCAUGUCCGAGGAGGACAGUCCUUUCGGCAUCGAUGGGCGUGUGAUAAGCCGCAAGUCAGGCUCCGAGGACAUCAUGGACGCCCCGCACACUCUCUCUCCUUCCAGGUCUCCCUGGCCAGGUUAG